AUGGUGUCAAUGGGACGACAGAUGCUGGGCUUUGCCCUGGCCAUCAUUGGCUUCCUGGGUACCAUCAUUGUGUGUGCUCUGCCCAUGUGGAAAGUCACAGCCUUCAUUGGAGCCAACAUUGUGACAGCGCAGGUCAUCUGGGAAGGCUUGUGGAUGAACUGUGUGACGCAGAGUACAGGCCAGAUGCAGUGCAAGAUCUAUGAUUCUCUGCUGGCUCUACCCCAGGACCUUCAGGCUGCCAGAGCUCUCGUGGUCAUCGCCAUCAUCGUUGCUGCCUUUGGGGUCAUCUUGGGAAUUAUCGGAGGCAAGUGCACCAACUUUGUGGAGGACGAAACUUCCAAAGCUAAGGUGGCCAUUGCUGCUGGAAUCAUCUUCAUUUGUGCCGGUGUUGCUAUCCUCAUUCCCGUCUGCUGGUCUGCCAACACUAUUAUCAGGGAUUUCUACAACCCCAUCAUGACCAACGCCCAGAGGAGAGAGCUCGGGGCUGCACUCUACAUCGGCUGGGGCACAGCUGGGCUACUCCUCCUGGGUGGUGCUCUCCUUUGCAGCUCUUGCCCACCCAAAGAAAGCCCGGAGUAUCCAGUCAAGUACGCCGGUGCCAGAUCCACAGCCACCAGCCGAGCGUAUGUCUGAGAGGACCAUUCUCCUGAAAAAGACUUCUAAUUAUUUUACUUUUCUUGCGUAAUCCUCUUUCGUUGUGAGUUUCCGAUAGCACCAAAAGUGACAUAGGGAGAACUGAUUUUCUGAGAAAUUCAGAUUUCUUUGGUGGAGGCAAGAGAGAGUGUUUCUGCAGGAACAAGAAACACAGUACAGAUGUGGUGUGAAACUACUAUAGUGGCAAGAGAACCUUCCAACAGCAUGAUGACUGAAUGAGAGCUAUUCUAUACAAAACUUGUAUCAAACCUAUUUUUCUCUGAAUGUAAAUCUAAGCUGUGCUAGA